AUGGAAUAUGCUCCAAAGUUUAAUUACAUCUACAAUAAUGAAAUAAAGAAAUAUGUCAUUGAAAAUUUCCCUCCAGGGUGCGGCCAGUUCCAGUUAUUUUAUGGAAAAAAUUCAAUUACUGGAAGUUAUAAAAAGCCUAUAGUUUCUGAAUUUAAAAAAGAAGGAUCAAAGAAUAAAAUUAUACUUGUUGGUUCAAAUCUUUACAAACCUAAAUUAAAAAUUACUGGCCCAUUUGAUUCCACAGACACCAUUUCAACUAAAGAAUUUAACACAUCCUCGGACCCACUACAAGAAAUCUCUUAUUUUGAAGUUCCUCAACUUUUAUAUUGUGGAAUGUGGGAUAUCGCUUUGGAAAUAUGUAAUUCUGAUUUAAAAGAAGCAAAUUUUCAAAUUAAAAAUGAACCCAAAAUUGAAGGAAUCACCUCAGUUUCAUCAAAAGAAGGUGGAAAUGUAACUAUUAAUGGAAUAAAUCUAUAUUCAAGGGUAUUUGAAAAUUCCUCUAAUAAAUUAUCAGGAUAUCGCAUUACUCUUCCAUAUAAUAAAAAUUGUAAUGUAAUUGAAGCAAUCCCGGAAAAAGGUUUAUUAAUAUGUAAUAUGGAACCAUCAAAAGUAAAUGAAAAAAAAAAAAAUUUAAAUUUGGUGCUAACAAUUGAUGAAAAAUAUAGUACCAACAUUACUUUUUCUUAUGAAAGCCCAUCUAUAUCAUAUGUAAACCAAACAACUUUUCCUUCAAAUGGUGAAGCUCAAUUUACUAUUAUUGAUGAUAAUGAAAUAGUAAAAUCAAAUGUAGGCCAUCUUUCAUUUUUACCAAAAAUAAAAAACAUCUCAACAUCAAAUACAACUGGUCAAAUAGUUACAAUUACUGGUGUUUCAGUUCAUACUAAAAAAAUUGAAGGAUCAUCAACUGUAAAUUUACCUAUAAGCAUAUAUGUUGGUAGUGGUGAAAAUAUUGCAAAGUGUAAAAAUCCAAAUAGUAAUGAUGGUAUUCAUCUAGAAUGUUUAUUGGAACCAGGAGUUGGUAGGGACUGGCCAUUAUCAGUUAGCAUUGAUAAGUACACAAUAGUAGAGAAAAACCUUUUCAGUUACAAUAGUCCGUUAGUUUCUGGUAUUGAAUAUAAUGUAAGUGGAUUGGUAACACUAUUUGGUUAUAAUUUUGGAAGAGAUCUAAACAAAAUAUCCAUAGUAUCUGGAGAAACACAAAUUAAAAUUUCAAAUGUUAACGAUUCGUGUUUGCAAUUUAUGACACCCAAAUUACUUCAUGGACUUCACUAUUUGGAUAUAACUGUUGGAAUACCAGAUCAUCAAAAUAUACAGAAACAAUAUGAAUUUGCUGUUAAACCCGUAAUUUUAAAAAUAAACUCAAUCCCCGUAAGUGGAGGUGAAGUUACAAUAUAUGGCAACUACCUUAGCCCAAGAGCUGCUAUUUCAUUUAGAUCUCCAAGAGGAACUCCAUCCGGUAUUCCAUGUAACAACAUAACCAUAUAUGAAGAUAAUACAAUAUUAAAAUGUAACGUUACCGGUAUUUCAGGUCAAGAAAUUAAACUAGAUGGUAUUGGUGAAAGAAAAACCACAUCAGGACACAAUCAUGAAAUUUUCAUGAGCAUUAAAGGUAGAAAUGCAAUAAAUCCAGACAAUAUUACAUUUUCAUUUUACCCACCAACCGUUUAUGGAUCUCCUGGUAAAAGUGAAAAUCGUUUAAUAACAAUUUUUGGUGACAAUUUCAAUAGAAUUGGUCUAAAAAUUUUUAUAGGUAAGGAACAAUGUAAAUGGCCCAGUGUUCUAAAGGGUUAUGAAAUAAUUACCUGUUUUCUUGACUCGGUUGACAAAAAUCAAAAAGCUGAAUACCAAAAUAAAACUUUUGGUAUUUAUGUUACAGUUGAUGGGCAAACUGCAGAAUUGAAAAACAACUUUACUUAUUACUUUAAAGAGGAACCCCCAGUUCCCAAGGAAGCUGAAAAACUAUCAAUAACAAUUCCUCCAUCUGUUGUUAUUAUAGCUGCUGGUGUUUUGACAACUGCCUAUUAUAUCAUCUACAAGGUUAAACGUUAUAUUAGACUUAAAAAAAUAGAAAAAAUUUUAAACAAAAAAUAUUAUGAAUGA